AUGUCGUUAAUGAAAGAGAUAAGCCGGCCAUGCCGCUCAAACAGACAGAUUAGACACAUCUACCUUCUCAAACGCCAUGCCUCUUCCUCGCGACCCAUAACCGGCUCCUCAGAAGCAGAAGUCGCAUCCGCACAGAAAUACUGUCUUGACCUUCUAGCAAAAUAUGACCGCCCCUCCUACACACUAAGCACAUUCAUCCCCGCCCAAGCGCGAAGCACCUACAUCGCCCUGCGCGCCCUAAACAGCACCCUCUCCCUCCUCCCCGACACCACAACCAGCCACACAAUCGGCCUGAUGCGCCUACAAUUCUGGCGCGACGCCGUCAACCGCACGGCAUCAGGGUCGCCACCCAAGGAACCAAUCGCAAUCCUCCUCGCACACGCAAUGUCCGACCUCGACGCCCGCACGGGCGGUUCCGCGCGCCUGAGCAAGAUCUGGCUCACGCGCAUGAUCUCCGCGCGCGAGGCAACUCUCACAAAUGACCCCUACCCCACACUUGAAGCGCUCGAAAGCUACGCAGAGAAUACGUACAGCACACUGCUGUAUUUGACGCUUGCGGCGUUGCCGAUGGCGAGUGUCACGGCGGACCAUGUUGCGUCGCAUGUCGGGAAAGCCGCGGGGAUUGCGGCUGUGUUGAGGGGGCUACCAAUUGUGGCGUUUCCGAGGGGGGGCAGGCAGGCUCCUGUUAGUGAUCCGUCGGGGACGCAGGUUGGGGGUGGGGCGAGGCAGGGGGCUGUUAUGUUGCCGUUGGAUGUUAUGGCGACGGCUGGGGUGAAGGAGGAAGAGGUUUUCAGGCAGGGCGCAGAGGCGCCAGGGUUACGCGAUGCAGUGUUUGCGGUUGCGACGAGGGCGAGUGACCAUUUGAUUACGGUGCAGCAGAUGUUGAGCAAUCUGCGGGCUGGCAAGGAUGUUGGCCAUGAAUUUGAGCAUGAGGAGGAAGAGGAGCAUCAGUAUGCUGCGAGGGAGCACCAGUCGCCAUUGGAAGAGGUCAACCGGGCCUUUGGAGUCUUUCUGCCUGCUGUCGCGACACGGUUGUGGUUGGACCGGUUGGAGAGUGUGGAUUUCGAUAUAUUCAGGCCGGAGUUGCUGCGGUCUGACUGGAAGCUUCCGUGGAAGGCUUAUAUGGCGUUUAAUCGGAAGUCUCUCUAG